UCAGUUUCCAAUUCCCCUCGAGUCACGGCGGUGGGAAAAAAAAACUGCAUCCUCCAUCCCCGCAGGCACUCCUUUUUCCUCGCCCGCAUCCGGCCAUCCCGCAUCCCGCACGGCACGGCACGGCCGCCGGCCCUCCCGCCCACCUCCAGUCCAGCGCCGGCGCCGGUGGUCACCGCUCCAUGGCUCCAUGGCCGCCCCGCGCCUCCGUGGCCUCCUCCUCCGCCGCAUCCCGCACGGUCGCCGGCUCUGCCGCAGGCAUCCCGCACGGCACGGCACGGCCGCCGGCCAGCUCCAUGUCCGCCCCGCGCCUACGUGGCCUUCUCCGCCGCCGCAUCCCUCACGGCCGCCGGCUCUCCCGCAGGAUCGGAUCCCACCCACCUCCACCUCAGCGUCGGUGCUCACCGCGCCAUGGCCGGCCCGCGCCUCCACCGCCUGCUUCUUCGCUGGACCGAAUCCUGCCGCCGGCCAGCGCCAGUGCUCACCGCGCCAUGGCCGCCCUCCCUCGCUUGCUCGCGCCGCCCGUCCGCCGCCCGUCCACCACGGUGCGCUGCCCGUUCUUGGCCGUCUGUUUCGGCCGACCGGCGGCCGCCGAUACGACGUCUUCUGGGCGCUGGGACGCAGACCGGGCGCGGUUCCGUUGCUGCUGCCCCAGGUCGUCGAGGAACAGUACUGUCAGGCUGGGCGGACCCCCUUCCUCUGCUCCAAGCCUCCAGGUGCAGUUGGGAUGCAGGCCAUCCGCCCUUUGUCCACCGGUGCCAUUGCUCUGCUCCAUCCUCUGGCCACCGGCGUCGUUGCUCUGCUCCACUGCCGUCAUCGUUUGCGAGGAACCCGGUUUUAUCCACGUCUUCCCCAGGUCAACAGAGCCGCAUUUAGUUCACUGCUUCUGACUAAGCUUCUUGAUGUGGAGCUGCAGGUCGUUGAUGAUUGACUGUUCACUUCCUCUCCCCACGAUCUCCACAAGUAACUGACUUAUUGAUCUCCACAAGUAACUGACUUAUUCCCAUUUAAAUUGGGUGCUCCACAACCCAUUUCAUUCCCAUCGUCCUCCAUAGCAGUCAUACAGCUACCCCUGGUACUGGACAAAAUUGGACACCCGGCCUCCCAUCUUGGUUGUUCUUCCCCUGCUGCAUACCCAGACGCCUUGGAUUGACGGCUCCUGUAGGUAAAUAUUGUUGCCAUCUAUUGCUUACUCUAAAGUUUUGUGUACUUUGUUCAUAUCUGAAUUUAACUGCUAUUUCUGAAUUUUUGUAUGCUUCGCUACAUUGAAUACUUAGCUCUGCUUUUCUUUAUCUGUUCUGAAUUUUUGUUUGUCUAUCCAAUUUAAAUUCAAUAUGGUACAAGAAUCCAUAUGCCUUGCAUUCAUCCCCUGCAUUUUACAGAGUUUUUAGGAGGGUAUUCUUUAGUCUCUUCACGCCAUCGCCUUGCAUUUGUCCAAAUCUGAAUUUACUUUUGCCAAUUGAACCUGUAUUCUUCAGUUUUAGUUUUUUAUAUGGUAUGAGAAGACAUACACCUUGCAUUGCACCCCCUUAUAUAGUUUGCUUUAGUAUCUUCGUGUCGUUUAUCUGUUCUAUCACCUUGCGUUUGGUAGACUUGCCGACAUGGAUAGGGCAGAAAGCUCUUCGCAUAAUUCAGUUGGACGAAAACGUCGUCCAUCAUUACCUAAUCCUCCUCCUCGAGUAAACCCAUAUGUUGCUGCCCAGAACCGCCGUAUGCGUCUGGAACUCAUGGUUCAAAAAGGAAAAAGAGGUUUGUUAGGCACAUUAUAUUCCUCCGAUGUUAUCUUCGUUACAAUAUGUCUUGCGAUUUAUUUCACCAUCUACUUCUUCAUAUCUAUAGUCCUCUUUCGAAAAGCAUAGAUAGUCCUCUUUCGAAAAGGCAAAAGCAAAGCGAGAGUAUGUAUUACUUCCCAUUACCUAUAGUUGAAUAUCUUGCCAGUGAAUUUUCCUGUUCAUAUAUUUAAAAUUCUAAAUAUUUCUGUACCCACUAAUGCAGACAAUAAAAAUGCAGCAAACAACUAUGAAAAGACAGACUAAAAUGAAAGUGCAUACAAGGGUAUGGUAUAUUAUGUACCUCGGUUUUUUUAUUCAAACAUUCAAAACUUCUAAUAUAUGUUGCAUUUCUAAAACUACUAUGUAUCACACUUCAUGUAGGCAACUCCCACAAUGCUCAUACAGCCAACUUCCACAAUGCUCCAAACGACAAAUAAUCAAGAAUGUUCAACUUCCACAUUGCUUUGACACUGCCAGCCGACAACAAUAAAUUUUUUGUUGCUCAAAUUCUAUUGUCACCGAGAAUGUUCUCAUACCCAGUACCUUAAAUUGUAACUGAGAUGUCUACUCGUGCGUACUUUUGGUUCCAUGCAAGUGCCUUCAGAGUUUUCUGGCUAUAUUUGCAAUUUUGUGCUUAUCAACAAUGUAUACACUCCUAUAAAUGGGCCAUAAUAUUUUCUUUGUAAACUAUACUAUCGUGCAUGCAUGUAAAUAUUGAUUCCUACAUUAACACCUCAAAUGGUUGUUCUUACAAUCACAGUGUAAGUCACAAUUGCCAGUUUCUAAAAAUUCAUUGCUCAGUUAAUUCUUUAUUGAAGGUUACUAAAAAAAAUAUUUCGGUUAGACACUAUAAAUUCAUUCAUUGCUCAGUUAAUAGUGUAUAAAGAAUUUCUAAAACAUCUUUCGGUUAAAAACUCUUACGGUUGCAGUCCACCUAUAUAAUCCCCCCCCCCCCCCCCAAUACAGCCUAUAUCUACAAGCAAAUCUUUUCUCACACAAAAAACUUCACUAUUGUCAAAUACAUGGACAAGCAGCAACAAGGCAAAAGGUAUGUCUGUUACAUGCAAAGUUAUUUUGCUGGUUUCAUAUCUGAUAUUUCACAAUUUGCCCGCAUACUUUUCUACAGGAUGCAACCUUACACAACAAAGAAUGUUCUACCCUCUUCAUCAACUCAUGCAUCAAGAAAAACUCACAAGAAGUACAUGGAGGCUAUUGCAGACAUGAAAAAUGCCACCACUAAAUCCGCAACAUGGAUCACUUUGAAAGAGGACGCACGUGAAGACAACAUCACAAAGCUACUCCAGGAACAUCCAUUCAGUUCCACCAAAUACAUCUUCGAGUACAUGAAGAACGGAAUUAAACAUGUCCAAAUUCUCCUCGAUGAAGAAGACAACCACGUGGACGACUCCAACAAACUAUAAACCAACAUUAUGCUACUUAUUUACAGGACUUUGCAACAAUAAACGAAUAAAAUACAAUAAAUCUCUUAUAUUUGUAUUUUCAUGCUCAUAUUGUUAAUCGAAAUAUCAAUGUUGCAUUCAA